AUGAAUAUAGGAAAUGAAGGAAGUUUAAAAUUGGUAGAGGGCCGGGAAGCUUUGUAUAGGUAUGAGGGAAACGAGGGCGAGGACGAAAAGGAAGGAAGAAAGAAAGAAAGAAAGGAAGGAGAGAGAAUGAAGGAUUAUUUGGUUCACGGGUUGAAGUUUGAGUUCAAAUUUGGGGAGAAGAGAAGAAGAGAAGAAGAGAAGAAGAGAAGAAGAGACGAAGAGAAGAAGAACGAAGAGCGAAGAGAAGAAGAGAAGAAGAGAAGAAGAGAAGAAGAGAAGGAUAAGCGGAAAUUCCGAUAUAUAUAA